UUUAGUGGUAGCUGGGGCCAGCAGCCAAGGGGGAAGGCAUUUGUGUAUAAGAGCUUCACAGAGGGGCUUGGUGACCUGUCCAGCUGCUGUGGGAGGGGAACUACUGAGGACUGUCAGAGAAGCGGUGGCAGCCCCAGAAGAAGGACCGUAGCAGAUGGUGGGAAGCAGAAGCACAGAGCCUGGGAAAAAUUGCUGGGGGAACCAUGAAGUACAUCAGCACUCGCGGAGGUGCUGAGGGCACUGAUUUUGAAGGAGUCCUCUUUUCUGGCUAUGCCCCAGAUGGUGGCCUUUUCAUGCCUGAGGAAAUUCCUCUGCUUGAUUCGAACACCCUGCGAGCAUGGAGCAACUUCUCCUACUCACAGCUGGUGAAAGAGCUGUGUUCGCUCUUCAUCUCGCCUGAACUCAUCCCCAGGCAAGAGCUGAAUGACCUGAUCGACAGAGCCUUCACCAGAGUCAGACACAAAGAUGUAGUACAUCUGUCCAGGCUGAGGAAUGGCUUGAAUGUUUUGGAGCUCUGGCAUGGUGUAACUUAUGCCUUUAAGGAUUUGUCCAUGUCCUGCACUGGACAGUUCUUACAGUAUUUCCUGAAGAAAAGGAAGAAGCACGUCACUAUUCUAGUAGGAACUGCGGGAGACACUGGAAGCUCCGCAAUUGAAAGCGUAAGAGGGGAAAAGAAUAUGGAUAUCAUUGUCCUGUUACCCAAAGGUCUCUGUAGCCAGAUGCAAGAAUUGCAGAUGACAACAGUGAUCGAAGAGAACGUUCAUGUGUUUGCUGCUGAUGGGAAUAGCGAUGAAAUCGAUGAGCCAAUCAAAGAGCUGUUCGCCAACACAGAUUUUGCCAGAAAACAUAACCUGAUGAGUUUGAACUCAAUCAAUUGGUCUAGGAUUAUGGUGCAGAUUGCUCACCACUUCUACGCUUACUUUCAAUGCACUACCUCUCUGGAUGCAACCCCUCUGCCAGCUGUGGAGAUUGUCGUGCCAACAGGGGGUGGAGGAAACCUCACAGCUGGAUAUAUUGCAAAGAAGAUGGGACUGCCCAUCCAGCUCAUAGCUGUAGUAAACAGCAAUGACAUUAUUCACAGGACCGUUCAGCACGGAGACUUCUCAUUGUCGGGAAACGUUCAACCAACUUUAGCUUCUGCAAUGGAUAUCCAGGAACCUUACAAUAUGGAGAGGCUCUUCUGGUUGCUUUCAGAUGCUGACAGUGGCUUGAUUAAAGCUCUGAUGGAGCAGUUUUGUAUGUCUAAAAGCCUCAAACUCCCAGAAGAACUGCACAGAAAGCUUUCCGAAGUGCUGAGCUCCUGUUCAGUAUCUGAUGAAGACAUCAUUCGGGCGAUGAGACGCUGCUGGGAAGAUAACCACUACCUGCUGUGUCCCCACUCCGCGGUGGCUGUUCACUACCACUACAAGCAGUUGGAUUUCCAGCUCAGCAAUACACCCAGGUGCUGCUUAGCCUCUGCUUCAGCAGCCAAGUUCCAGGAUGCUGUACUCAAAGCAAGACUCGUACCGGAAGAGCCACCUGAGCUAAAAGCUCUACAAGAGAUGGAGACCAGGUCCAUCACACUGACAAAAGGGGAGGACUGGGCAAAAAUAAUAAAAGACAAAAUAGAAGCUAUUGCCAAGCGCAGAAGUCUACAGCAGGAGUUCAUUUGAUCGCUGGGCAGCUGUGCAGAGAUGUUCCAUUUUGCAUGAUGA